AUGGUAGCUGAUUUGUGUUUCUCUUGCUCUCUCUCCUCAGCUCUCGGAACUGAAGUCAUAUUCACAAGCAUUAUUUCGGGCAGCACUUUCAUUUCAUUCCUCUGCCACCUUCAAAAACGCCAUCCAUCCAUCCAUCCGUCCGGAAUGGAUUUCUUGGGUCCAGUUGUGCAGAUCAUUCUCUUCUUCUGGGCUCCUGUUUCUCAGCAGAUCGGUUAUCUCAAACACCUUAAUAACAAUGUAGAGACAUUGAAGAAGGAAACGCAAGAACUACAAGACAGGCGUGACGAAAUUCAAGCGGACGUCAACCAUGCUAUAUCAGUCGGAAAGACACGGGUUCGCCAAGCGGAGAACUGGCUUGUGGACGUCACCACUAUCGAAGCUCAAGUCGAUGAUUUAAGAAGGGAAUUCGAGCAACCUAGAACGUGCUUGAACGGUUGUUGCACCAAUCACUUCUCUCGCUACAAGCUGGGCAAAAGGGCUGAGAGCCCUCGCCGGCCGCCAGUGUUGGAAAUGCAACCCUCGCUGCCACGAGUACAGCAAAGCACGUCCGAGGAAACCAUGGAGAAGAUAUGGGAAUGCUUACACGACGAGGAAAAUGGCAUCAUAGGCGUUUAUGGGAUGGGCGGAAUAGGGAAAACCACUCUCAUGAAAGCCAUAAACAAUAAGUUCAUCGGAACUGAUUACUUCAACAUCGUGAUUUGGGUAACUGUGUCCAAGGACCUCAACUUGGGAUUAAUCCAAGAGCAAAUUGGAAAGAAUUUGGAUAUCACGUUCGGCGAUAACGAAGGUAUGGCAGAGAAGCGGGACAGGCUGUUUACUCGGUUGAAGAAUGUGAGGUAUCUGAUCAUCUUAGAUGAUCUAUGGGAAGCAUUUAGCUUGGACCAAGUUGGAAUUCCAAAGCCAGACAAGCAAAACAGACGCAAGAUCGUGAUAACAUCCCGAUCCGUCGCAGCGUGUAAUGCAAUGGUGGCUGAUAAGUUUAUUAAAGUCGGAGCUCUUACGCCUGAGGAAGCAUGGAAUUUGUUCUGUGAAAGAUGUGGGGAUGUAGUUCUGUCAUCAGAGAUUCGACCGGUAGCUGAGGAGGUUGCAAAGGAGUGCGGCGGAUUACCACUUGCGAUUAAGACAGUGGGUGGGGCCAUGCGUGGCAAGGAUAAAAAAGAGGUAUGGAGGAAUGCAUUGAGGGCAUUGGAAGGAGCAUCACCUGAGAUUCGAGGUAUGGAGCGUCAAGUGUUUCUUCCUUUGAAACUUAGUUAUGAUAGCCUAGAAAAUGAAGAGAUAAAAUCUUGUUUCCUGUAUUGCUCAUUGUUUCCGGAAGAUUAUGAAAUACCAAUAGAUUGGCUAGUAAGAUUCUGGGCCAUGGAGGAAGGAUUCAUAAAAAAUGUGCAUAACUUCGAAGAAGCAUCAAACAAGGGACAUGACAUCCUUGAAACAAUCAAGGACGCAUGCCUCUUGGAGGAAUGGUUUGAAGGAGAUGAAGAUGUUAGGAUGCAUGAUUUGCUCCGUGACUUGGCUAUAUGGAUCACUUCACCAUCGUCGUCCAUUGAAGGCUCAAAAUUCCUUGUGAAAGCCGGGGAGGGACUAGUGCAGCCACCUGAAGAGAAUAUGUGGAGAGGGGUUGUAAGGAUUUCAUUGAUGCGCAACAAGAUAAAGCAUCUCGAUAUUACGCCAGAUUGUCCUAACUUGAUCUCCUUGUUCCUCAAUGAAAACGAUCAAUUACGUACCAUUCACAGUAAUUUCUUCGAGCUCAUGCCAAAACUACAGAUCCUUGAUCUAACUUAUACUGGCAUUGAAUCUCUCCCGAUGUCAUUAUUGCAAUUGGUGAAUCUACGUGUGCUCAUUCUAAGACUCUGCAGAAAUCUAGUGGAGGUGCUGCCAUUGGGAAAGCUGAAGGAACUCCAAAUUCUUGAUCUCUCAGAUUCUGGACUCAGAAACUUCCCUCAAGGCAUUGAAAGCUUGGUUAAACUCAAGAGGUUGGAUAUAUCAUCGACUUCAUUCACUGCAAUUCCCUUCACUAUGAUAUACGGGCUACCUAGUCUGGAGGAAGUAAGCAUGUGGCAUUUGAAGGAAAACGUGGACGGAGCUACUUUCGGUGAGGCUGUGAACAUGAAACGCCUGAGAUCUUUACGUAUCAGUUUGUCCAAUCUUAAUGGCUUCAUCGCACAUGAUAUGUUCCAUCGAUGGUUUUCGGGCUUGACAAGUUUCCAUGUUGAGGUUAACUCUACACCUUACGCGCCUGUUUCUGAUAAGCAUAUAAGCAUUUGUAAAUGUGACAAAUUCCCCUGCGGGAUUGAGGGGUUGACAAAACAUGCAUUCUCUUUAGACUUGUUUGGAAGCAAAGGUUUAACAAGUCUUUCUAAGUUCCAAGGCGAUUUAAAGAGCUUAAGAAAACUUCGAGUCAUUGAAUGCAGUGGAGUGGAAUGCUUUAUAGACUGGAGAGAGGUUGGAGAUGAUUCAUUCCAAUGUUUACAGAGUUUGCAUCUCUAUGAUUUACCAAACUUGGAGAAGGUAUUCGAUGGUGGAGCGCCUCCUCCGCUGAACACAAGCCUGCAAAACCUCCUAAGUAUACGGGUUCGUAAUUGUGAAAAGUUAAGGAGUCUCUUCUCUUCUAGUAUGGUAGAGCAACUACAUCAGUUAAAGGAGCUUGACAUAUCGUAUUGUUUUCGAAUGAAAGAGAUUAUAGAAGGAGACAAGCUGCCCCAUAAUUCAUUCCCAAAAUUACGCAUCCUAAAGUUGGAUGCCUUACUAGAUUUAGAAAGCAUUUGUAGCCAGCGAUUUAUGUUUAUAUCUUUGGAAGAGAUGGAAGUAAUUUCUUGUCCAAAGUUGAAGAAGCUCUCCCUCUUCAGCUCAAGCAUCCAUGAAAUAAAAGGAAAAAUAGAAGGCAAGAGAGAAUGGUGGGAAGGAUUAGAGUGGGAAGACGAGAACGCCAGGUCCCUCUGCUCCACAAUUUACAAAGAAGCUUCCUGAGAAGUAGAAGAGGAAGAUUCUUCUGAAUAACAUUACGAUAACAUCAUUGAGCUCUAAAAUCUCUGGAGAUAUUCCAGUGUCGAGAAAUGGCUGAGAAGUGAGAGGUUUUUGGAGUGGAAGAGAGGAUGUGAAGUAGAGAUUUCCUAAUUUAGAAAGUGAUUUUGUUGGUUUUGGUAUGGAUGGAGAGCUCCAAUGCAAGCCUUCUCCUUGUAGAAUAAACUACGAAGGAACCAGUGUGGCAUCUAAGUUUUUACGUGCUAAUGGAAUUAAUAUUUUCAAAUUACGAGAGGAAACUGUCUAUUUACUUGGAAAAUAGGACAUGUACUGUUUCAGUCCUGAGCAUUCACCCUUGACUGAACUAGUUCAAAGGACAUCCAAUUGGACUCUAGAUGAGAAGAUAAAAUCAGUGAGAAGAGGGUUAGAGAUUUUCAGAGUGGAAGAAAGGAUGGAAAGGAGAGAUUUCCCGUUUUGGGAACUAACUUUGCUGGAUUUGGUAUGGAUGGAAAGCUCCAACACAAACCUUUUUGCUUCUGUCAUAAACUAUGAAGAAUGUAUCAGACAGUCAAACUGGAUUGAAAGCAAUGUAACAGCUAUUCAGCAAAUGCAAAGAGCAUUACCAGGAGCAUUUUGUAACAGAUUUGGUCGUCAUCAUCAGCUCUAUUUUAGAACUUGGAGAACCUGCAAAUGAAGUGCUUGAAAGCCACAGUGUAUUACAAGAUCAGUUACAGGCCUCUCAAAUUUGUUCUCAGGUACCUGAAUCACUGGAUGUAAAAUGCAGUGCAUCUUCAACCAUAAAAGUUGGGAGUAUGAAACAAAUCCAUGAAUUUGUUAAAUAUUCAAACUUUAGCAGUCAAAGGAACAAAGAAAGAGAGCAUUCAGAAAGGAAUGCAUGUAGCCAACUGAUACUUCUGUUAAGGAGACAUCUGAUACUUCAGAGAAAGGAAUGCCUGCACCAGUAAUGAAAGAGAUCAGCUUGAGUGCUUGACUAUGGAUGAACCUCAAAUGAUACCAAAGAUACUGCAUUAAAGUUCAUACAUGUAUUUACUUUUGUGGAUUUUCUUUUACUCUUUUUUUGGUAGGAAGUGAGGUAAAGGGAAGUAUUUUAGCAUGGGUGUGAUGACAGUUUGAAUUGUUGUUAUGUAUAUCCAAGUAUAAUAUAAUGACUGUUUGAAAUGUGUAUCAAUUUCAUAUU